UCCGAUUGCCGUUGAAACCCACCACCUCUUCUCCUCCGUCUCUGUCUCUCUCUCUCUCUCUCGCGUCCCCAACUCGCAACUCCGAUCCAGAUGAAUGCAGCCAAUUCACAACGCCGAUCUCUCAAUUAGCAGCGGCAGCAGAUGAACUGUACAUAAGAUCGGGAGUGGCAGAAGGAGGAGGCUCCGAGCCUGAUCCGUAUGGAGCGGUUGCCGUCGGUGUCGCUGAGGCGCGACCCCGCGGGGCCGCGGCCGAGCGCGGACCCGGAGGCGCUGCGGCGAUGGGUGGUGGCCUUCUGUAUCAUCCGCUUCGACCUGGAGCAGGGGCAGCUGGUGGAGGAGUGCUUCCCCCCGGACUCCCUCCCUCACCACCAACUCCUCCUCGUCGCCUUCUCCUCCUUCCCCGACUCCAUGUCCCACCACCACCUCAACCCCAACACCGCCCACCGGCCCUCCUCCUCCUCCUCCUCCUCCAUUCACGACUGCAUCUUCUCCUUCCGUUUCCCAGCCGCCGCCGCCGACGGCGGCGACUUUCUCUACGGAUACGUCUUCAACCGCCGGCGGCAGGACGAGCGCCUCCCGCGCGGUGGCGAGCAGAAGUCGGUCGUCAUCCUCUCCCGCUCCCCAUACUCCUCCGUCUUCCGGCCGCUUCUCCAGAUCCUCGGACCCCUCUGCUUCGACAUCGGCCCCUCCGCUCUCGGCCUGGUCGCCUCCCACGUCGCCGCCUGGCCGGCCCCCGCCCCGGGCGCCCCCAUGGACCUCCCGAUCGGCAGCGCCGCCCUUCGCGUGCACCUUCCCCCGGCCCUCUAUGACGCCGCCGCCCCCUUCCCUCCCGCCAACCCAUCCGUCCCCCACGGCCUCUUUCACGACGCCGACAUAUUCGGAAGCUUCCGCGGCCUCCUCCUCCACCUCUGGACCCUGUGGGAGUUGAUGCUCGCUGGCGAACCUCUCCUGGUGAUCGCCCCAACUCCCCCGCAAUGCUCUGAAGCAGUCGCCGCCCUCGUCAGCCUCGUUGCACCGCUCCCGUUUUCCGUCGACUUCCGGCCCUACUUUACCAUCCACGACCCCGGCUUUGCCCGGCUCAAUUCGCUAGGCGAAGACGAGGAGUUCCCCCCCAUGGUUCUCGGAGUGACCAAUCUCUUCUUCUUGAAGGCCCUGCGGAACAUCCCUCACGUCGUCUCGGUGGGCAGUCCCGGGCCUAAUACCGGCCGUGCUCUUCCUGUGGCCAGCCGUUCGGCCUCGACUGGGAUGCCCGGAAGGAACUCUCGGCCUGGAAAGCUCAACCUAGAGCAGCUCUCGCUGAACAAGUUUUCCCCCUCGGGCUUGUUGAAUGCGAUGAAGCUAAGGAGGGAGGGCCCUCUUUGCCUCAUGACGGAGCACAAGGAAGCUGUUUGGAGCACUUAUACAGCGACGACGAAGCCAGACACCGCCAUUUUGAACAGGCUAAUCGAUUCUCCAAGGAUUGAGGAGUCCAUGUCUGUUGCCAACAAUGAGAUAUUGCGGCGGCACUUUCUGGAGCUAACAACCAAUUUCCUUGCACCCUUCGGUCCCUAUCUAAGGGCAACCACCCCUUCAAAGGGAACUUCCCCUUUUGUCGACCCGCCACCCUUGCCUCCGUUUCAUGCUGAUGAGUUUCUCAGUGGGCUGGCCACAAGAGGGCCAGGGAAGUUCUUGUCAAAGAGGAUGAGGUCCAAUUGGUUGGAAUUGUACAGGUCCUUCUUGGAAGGACAAAAUUUCAUGCCCUGGUUCCAUAGAAGGCGUGCUGCUGCAGAGCAAGAGCAACAUAGGCUAUGGAGGCAGGCUCGCAUGAGCACUGACAUGAAUAAGCUUAUAUCUAAAAUGUCCGAAGUGGAGAUCGUUGAUUCUUUUAAUGCUAUUGAAAGACAUUUGCUUGCAGAGAUACAGCAAUUGGGAGAUGCUAGCGAGGACUCUGCAGUAGUAUGCCAGAAGCUGAAAGGAGACCUUCGAGUGGUGUUUAAUGUUCUUCCCAAGGAUAUGCAACAGCUGCUGCUCUCCAAUCCCAAAAGAUCAGCUCUUCUUCAAGGUGACCCAGAACCAGGGAAGCAUCCUUCUGUACAGAGUAACCCAGUUGCUGAAUUGAAGUUCUCCUUCCUAUCUCUGUGAUCUUAGCAGCUACUUUCGAGCUUGUAUUACUUGUCCCUGCAUACGGAUCGUAUCGAAUCCCAGGUAUGCUCCCUUCUGUGCUGCACAAGGUCAAGAUUACUGGGAAGAGAGGGAGAAGAGACGGGAGGGAGGGGAUUGGGUUGAGUUAAUCAUGAGGGCCAAAUUAAGCUAUGCCUUUUUUUUUCUGUACCAUUUAGAAAUUAUGUGAUUUGUAUUCCUUCGUUCUCAGAAUCGAAGCAAUGUGCAAACUGGUAGCCCGUUGUAGGGACUAAAUUCUUUUGACCUGAUAAAGAAAGCUGUUUCUUA